AGCAUUCUUUCAACUCCAACCCUGCGUGUGUUUUGCUUUGCGAGCCUUUUGACGCUUGAGGUUUUGUUUUUUGCUUUCACCUUGCGAACGCGGAAGAUUUGUUGUGACAACAAAUUCCGCAAGAUGCCACCGAAACGGAAAGCACCUACAACGGACGAGGAUGACGACGAGUAUCGCAAGAAGCGGGACCGAAACAAUCAGGCAGUGAAAAAGAGUCGUGUAAAAUCCAAACAACGCACCGAGGAAACCCAGGUUAAAGUCAAUGAGCUGCGGAUCAAGAAUCAAAUUCUGGAGGAUAAAAUCCAGAAUCAAACGAAGGAGCUGAAAUUUUUGAAGGAACUGUUCCUCACCCAAGCGCAGGCUAAAUCCGAUAAGUUGGUUGGCGUAAAUCUGGCGGAGCUACUAAAGAGUUCCGACGAUGAAAAAGAUAGCGAAGAGGAAGGUAGUAGCAGUACAAAGAAGCAAAAACCGGGUAAAUCAAGCCGGAGCGGCAAAGCUGGGUCCUCCAGUAAAAAAUAGGUGUAAGGAAAGCUGUUGAAUUUAUGUACGUAUAUAUGUUAGAUUAUAAUUGCUGUUGCAAAAGAACCGAUAGCUUAAAA